AUGCGGCUGGACCAGCUUCUUAUCCUACUGAGCACUACAGCCUGUGGGCUCUUAACUCUACAUCCAGGCCAAGCCCAGGACUCUGCCAGCCCCAUCAGGACCACACACACAGGUCAGGUGAGGGGCAGCCUCGUCUAUGUGAAUGAUACCAGCAUAGGAGUCUACACCUUCCUGGGAAUUCCCUUUGCAAAGCCACCUGUAGGACCGCUGCGGUUUGCACCCCCUGAGUCUCCUGAGCUCUGGAAUGGUGUGAGGGAUGGAACUUCCUACCCUGCCAAAUGUCUGCAAAAUGAUAUAAUGAAUGCAGGAGCUCUGAUGCUGUUCACUCGGAACUUGCCUACGAUCCCAAUGUCAGAGGACUGCUUGUACCUCAAUAUCUACACACCUGCCUAUGCCAAUGAGAGUUCUAACCUGCCGGUAAUGGUAUGGAUCCAUGGUGGUGCAUUAGUUGGAGGUAUGGCUUCCGAGUUUGAUGGAUCCAAUCUGGUAGCUUCUGAGGACGUGAUAAUUGUCACUAUACAAUACCGCCUAGGUGUCCUGGGCUUCUUCAGCACUGGAGACCAGCAUGCCACCGGCAACUGGGGUUACCUGGACCAAGUGGCUGCCCUACGCUGGGUACAACAGAAUAUCUUCCACUUUGGAGGCAACCCUGACCAUGUCACUAUUUUUGGCCAGUCUGCCGGUGGCACAAGUGUUUCUUCCCUUGUUGUGUCCCCCAUGUCCCAAGGACUGUUCCGUGGUGCCAUCAUGGAGAGUGGGGCAGUUGUAGCACCCAGCUUAUUCUCCAUCUCCUCUAAGGUUGUCUCUGAGAAGGUGGCCACCCUGUCUGCCUGUGGGCAGGUAGACUCAGAGGCCCUGGUGAGGUGCCUGCGGGGCAAGAGUGAAGAUGAAAUGCUGGAUAUUAUCAAGCACUUUGAGAUCAUUGCUGCUGUAGUAGAUGGGAUUUUCCUGCCCAGGCACCCACAGGAGCUGCUGGCCUCUGCUGAUUUUCGACCUGUUCCCAGCAUCAUUGGUGUCAACAAUGAUGAGUAUGGCUGGAUGCUCCCCAUGGUGAGUUCCAUGAUCCAGCAUUCUCCAGGCCUGCAAGACAUGGAUAGAGCGACUCUACAGGCUGUUUUGCAGAACAUGUCAGCAGAGAUGAAUUUGCCUGCUAAGUUUGGUGAAUUGGUGAUGGAAGAGUACAUGGGAGACAAUGACAACCCCCAGACCCUGAAAAUCCAGUUCCAUGAGAUGAUUGGGGACUUCAUUUUUGUGAUGCCUGCACUCCAAGUUGCACAUUUUCAACGUUCUCAUGGCACGGUCUAUUUCUAUGAGUUCCAGCAUCCUCCCACCUUUUCCAUAAACAGAAGGCCAUCCUAUGUGAAGGCUGACCAUGGUGAUGAGAUACCGUUUGUCUUUGGAUCUUCCUUCAGGCUUAGCCAAGUUAACUUCACUGAGGAGGAGAAGCUGCUAAGCAGGAGGAUGAUGAAGUAUUGGGCCAACUUUGCCAGAAAUGGAAAUCCCAAUGGUAAGGACCUGCCCUACUGGCCUCCAUUGGACCUUGAGGAGCAGUACCUGCAGCUGAACAUCUCGCCUUCUGUGGGUCGUGCUCUGAAGGCCUCUAGGCUGAAGUUCUGGACAGAGACGCUGCCUCACCAGUUAGGGGAACUAAAGGUAGCUGAAGAGAGGCAUACAGAGGUCUAG